CAAAUGCAAACAGCGAAAGAAUCCUCUGAGCGCAAGCAGCUAGCUCCACAAGAUCAAGAGCAAAUGCAAACAGCGAAAGAGUCCUCUGAACGCAAGCAGCUAGCUCCACAAGAUCAAGAGCAAAUGCAAACAGCGAAAGAAUCCUCUGAGCGCAAGCAGCUAGCUCCACAAGAUCAAGAGCAAAUGCAAACAGCGAAAGAGUCCUCUGAACGCAAGCAGCUAGCUCCACAAGAUCAAGAGCAAAUGCAAACAGCGAAAGAGUCCUCUGAACGCAAGCAGCUAGCUCCACAAGAUCAAGGUACCAAUGGUGAGAAGAAAUUGCCUGCAGUUUUGAUAGACGAGGCCUUCAAGUAA